AUGUUUUUCCAAGCGUUGCUCAGAGGAGAGGAUCUAAACGAAAAUCGUAUUUUCAAUGAUUAUUCAUUUUAUUCCCACUUAAAAUCCAAGGUUUUUUCCUGCUGGUUAGACUGUAGUAUGUGGUAUACAUUUUAUCUUUUAAGUAUAAGUCUAAAACUACUUCUUUUUUUUUUUGUACAGUUACCAUGCAUUUUUCAUUUGCUUCCUCUCUUUAUGUUCAGCCAUUUUAAGCUCAGAAAAAUAGUACACAGAAUAGAAUGAGCAAAAUAGACAUAACUUCCCCCUUUUUGCUGAUUUACAGCAACUAUGAAAGCAAUUCUACAUCUUAGCCAAUCGUGAAAAUAUUUCAUUCAUGCGCAUUAAAUAGAAAAGGAAAGUAGAUGUAGACAAUAACAGUAUUUAAAUAGCUAUCGGUUGAAUAUUUAAAUACAGCCGGUCUAUUAUCUGAGCAGCUAGGCGUGAUCUUUCACGUAUCAUUGAAGGUUGUUGUACCCCUUUUCUGCAUUAUAAUGUUCCUUAGGCCAAGUAUUCGCCUAUAGUGAACACCACGGAUGCGUAAAAUAAGCAUAUUUGUCUUGCCUUUUAAACACCUUUUUUUUCCCCGUGUUAGACAUAGCUCAAUAGAUUUUCAGAGCAUAUAUUUACUUGAACUGGAGGUGUACACCUUUUGUCUGAAACAUAUACCUUAAGCAAAUUUCAUUUCUCUGAAGUUCAUUUAGACCAAUAUCUUGGUACAUUA